AUGGCCAACAUCGAGAGAGGCCAAUCUGAUGUCGACCCCUACUCUCUGAGUAUGGUAGAGUUUCGUGACAAGAUCAGAAAAUGCCCAGACGCAUCAAUGGCUCGAUCUCGGGUCCAGAGUGUCUUGGACAACUACAACCGGAUGCGUCUCGACAUGCCCAAGGCGAUUCAGCUAAAGGUCGCCACGUUUCUCAGGCACGAGAAAUGGGUAGAUAGCCCGCGCACCCUUAGCCAGUUCAGACUCUAUCAUAUGUUGACAGGACGAAAACGCACAAAAUUUCUAAACUUCUCAGCCUGGCUGAUUGUGGCGGCUAUUUGGCCAUCCCACCCGCUUGUCCUUGGCAUUGCAGACGAUAUGUCACGGUUUUGGGAGCACAAAUUCCCUGAUACGCGACCUUUCUUCCCCAAAAACGUCUCAGAGGAGAAGGCACUCCUCAAGUAUGAUGGAAAUCCCGUGCAGGGGGAUGAGGACCCUCUCUCGGAUGCUGACGAUGGAGAUCCCACAGACAACAACAAGGGGGAUAAUAAGCGCGAGUCUAAUUCGGGCGAUAUUCUCGACAGGGCCACGAAAAGGCACAAGGUUGACCGAACUACCACUUUUGCCAACAAUAGCAUCCCAAAGCUUUCCAAUGUGCAAAAGACCCCCGUUGCUGAGGGCCCGGAACAAGGCAGAGUUUCUUAUCUCAAAAGGAAAAUCAAGGCACGGGACGAACUCAUCAGCGAAAAGGACGAACUCAUCAAACAACAGGACGCGCAAAUCAAGAAGCUGGAGCGUCGGCGUGAUCGAAGGUUCAAAGAUGGGGACAAAGACUUCAGAAGGCUCUUCGAUCGUGUCGAAGCGCUCAAGACAAACCUCAAACAUGCGGCUGAAAGGGAGCAUGGUCUGCAGUCGUAUGUUCGACAACUGGAAGAUCAGAUCAAGCAUCGAGAUGAAGAAAUCGAGAGGCUCUCUGAUCGCAACAGAAAGCUCAAGGCAGAGAACAAGGAUCUGAAUCGCACUUCGCAGACGUAUGCUGAGGGACUUGAAGGGGUGAUCAACCUUCGAGGCAAAGAAACCGAGGAACUCUCUCAUGUCAACAGAACAAUCGAGGUGAAAGUCAAACGGAUGUCCGACACGGAGAGAAGUAGCAGGCGCUUGUGGGAACUCGAUUCCAGACCGCAGGCUUUCAUUGACAUGUCAAUGGCACUGGUUGGAGGCGCAUUGGCCAACGAGACCGAGGACAUCGAUGAAGCACUCUACCGAGGAGUCAUCGCAAUCUUCUGUCUGUCUUCGGAGAUGUCUCAGGACACUAUGAAACGAAGUUUGAAGCAGAUAAACCUCAUCUCUGUACUGGAACUGGAUGCCGUUUUGGAGGAGGUUUUGACAAUGUUGGUCGCUGAGCAUGAAGGAUAUCAGAAUCUCAGGGACGCGUUGGUCGCUUCGUUUGAGGAAGAAGAGGAGACUGGUGACACAGUAAAUGAUGACCAGUGA